AUGUCUAUCACAAUUAGGGAAGGAAAUGUCUACUACCAGCUCGAUUUCAGCUACGACGUAACUCCAAAUGGUCUAGCUAUCCCUGCACCCACGAUGUUUUUAGAUUUCAAGUUUUAUCUCAAUUCACAUCUUUUGACAGUUGCAGAUGAUGACCAGUUGGUCAGAAGCAUUGCUUCUAAGUUCGAACCAUUUUGGAAUAAGUGUCAGUAUGAUACAUCUAUCAAUAUAUCUGAUGCUUCCCCCUAUACGUUUUCCCUCGUCUGCAAGGAUUCAGUGUUUGCACCAAACAUAUUGUACGAAAUUUCGACCAUCGAGAUUCGUCUCUCGGUUUUGUCACUUGUAGAGAUUGAUUUGCUGGAUCUCAUGAUCGCAUUUAAUUACUUAAUGAUAUCUUGGUUCAUGAACGAGGAGCAGAAUUAUCCUGCUAUAUUUUCUUCCGUUGGUCGACAGUUUAUCAAACUCAAUUUAAUUUGGUACAAGAAGAUGUAUUACGAAGUGUUAGAAACGCAGUUGGUUAAUUCCGAAAAGGUAAUUACAGACUAUAUCUAUGUGGUAAAACGGCAAUACACCACUUUGAAAUUGAUGUGCAUUGCUGAGAUAAUGUUUGACCGCACGAGGCGCAACAAGGGUAGAAACUGUAUUGUUAAGUCGUACCCCUUGCAUUUAAUUGACUUAAACAGUCCUGAUAUAAACUGA